AUGUCUUACAACAACUACUCCAGGACCAGCACUGGCCGCCCAGAGCCAAUUCAGCAACAGCAGACAAUGGCGAAACCCGCCAGGAAAUACAACUUGGUUGUUGAACAGCAACCGAUCCGAGCCCGCAUGUGCGGCUUUGGUGACAAGGAUCGAAGGCCGAUCACACCCCCGCCUUGCGUCCGCUUGGUCGUCUACGACACCCACACGGGACAAGAGGUCCCCUUCAACGACAUCGACAGCACCUACUUCGUGCUCAUGGUCGACCUCUACGACGCGCAGGGAGCCAAUGCCGUCAACCUGGUGAGACACAGUAGCGCGGCGCCGACCGUGUCGAUAUCAAGUAGCACCACUACUUCUUACCCUCCGCCGCCCGAGCGAACACACCACAUGUUCUCAGCUCAAGUUCAGUACGACUCCCGUGGCAUGCCGCAGCAGCACAUGGUCCCCUACGGUGGCAACCCCGUUCCGGGCCAAAAUGGAUACUGGCAGGCGCAAACACCGGGCUACCCCAUCCCGCAACAAAUGUACGGGCAGCCCCCUGUGCAAAUGACCAACACAAUGAUUCCUGCAACACCCCUGGGAUCAAACCACACCCGCAAUCUCAUUGGCAUGAACGCUGUCAAUGCAUGCCGUCUUCAAGAUCUCGAGCAAAAACCUGGCUUUUGGUUCGUACUACAGGAUUUGAGUGUGCGCACCGAGGGCACCUUCCGGCUGAAGCUCAGCCUUUUUGACAUUGGCUCCAACGACGGCACCAACGGCACGAUUCACAUGAACGACGGCAGCAAAGGUAAAGGCCCAUGCCUUGCCUACGACUUCACCGAGCCCUUCACGGUCUACUCCGCCAAGAAGUUUCCCGGUGUCAUUGAAAGCACCAAGCUCAGCAAGUGCUUUGCGCAGCAGGGUAUCAAGAUCCCCAUUCGCAAAGAUGGCCCCAAGGUGCCUAACCAGGCUGAGUUUGAUGAGGAGUGA